ACCGGAAACGAGAUACACUAAUGUAAUAGACGAGAACCCACACGCUUUCCCAUCACCGGAGAGAGAGCAAGAGCGAGGAGCAGUCCCUUCUUCUCCCCGUCACAUGCGCCAUCCACGCAGAGCUCAGUGAACCAUCGCACACUGGCUGCAGGGGGGUCACCGCGGUGGGGACGAAGACCCAAACCCCGCAUUCUAGUCCCCAAAGUCGGCUGUGGAGUUUGUUGUCUCCUUCCUCGACAAGACUAAAACUUUUCGUCGUCUUUUGAAGUUUGAAAACAAAUGUUUCAUGGGAACAUGAAGUGAAACUCCGCCAUAUUCAGCACAACCACCACGCCCGCCGAGAGUCCUAAAACUUGGCUCAACAUUUAAAAGGAAAAGCUACGUACUAAGGGAGGCGACGCCUAAAGCCGGGUACGAUGACACUGAUGGCUGCGGGGGCUUGCUGCCUCAGCCCGGAGGCCAAAGAGGCUCGGAGGAUCAACGACGAGAUCGAGAGGCAGCUACGCCGCGACAAGAGGGACUCGAAGCGGGAAUACAAGCUGCUCCUGCUCGGGACUGGUGAAAGCGGCAAGAGCACCUUCAUCAAGCAAAUGAGGAUCAUCCACGGCCGAGGCUACUCUGACGAGGAUAAGCGGGCCUUUACCAGGCUGGUGUACCAGAACAUCUUCACUGCCAUGCAGGCCAUGAUCCAAGCCAUGAAGACACUGCAGAUCCCAUACAAGUACCACUACAACACGGCCAAUGCCGACAUUGUCUGCGAGGUGAACGUAGAGACCGUGACGAUGUUUACAAAAGUGUAUGAAGACGCCAUCAGGAGCCUGUGGGCUGACCCGGGGAUCCAGGAAUGUUACAGUCGCAAGAGAGAAUACCAGCUCUCGGACUCAGCUAAAUACUACUUGAAUGACUUGGACCGCAUAGCGGAUGCCGCGUACCUGCCGUCACAACAGGACGUGCUGCGGGUCAGGGUGCCCACCACAGGUAUCAUCGAGUACCCCUUCGACCUCGAGAACAUGGUGUUCAGGAUGGUGGAUGUGGGCGGGCAGCGUUCGGAGAGGAGAAAGUGGAUCCACUGUUUCGAGAAGGUCACAUCCAUCAUGUUUCUGGUGGCACUUAGCGAGUACGACCAAGUUCUGGUGGAGUCGGCACACGAGAAUCGCAUGGAGGAGAGCAUGGCCUUGUUUCGGACAAUCAUCUCCUACAAGUGGUUUGAAAAGUCCUCGAUUAUCUUGUUCCUCAACAAGAUUGAUUUGCUGGAGGAGAAAAUCAUGCACUCGCAUUUGGUCGACUACUUUCCUGAAUAUAAUGGUCCGCAGCGGGACGUGAAGGCGGGCCAGGAGUUUAUCCUGAACAUGUUCGUCAACCUUCACCCUGACCGAACAAAGCUGAUCUACUACCACUUCACAUGUGCCACCGACACAGACAACAUCCGCUUCGUCUUCCACGCUGUAAAAGACCAUAUCCUGCAGGGCAACCUCGAAGACUAUAACCUGGUGUGAAGCUGCGGUAAGGUGUCGGUAGAGGAAUGCCCGAAAAGCUUCAAUUUUGACCACUAUGAUGCAAGACGGCUGCAAUGGCACAGCCAAUGAUGGUACUACUGAUGUUUUCAAACCUUGGAUCACCUAAUUGCUGUCUGAGUGGAUGAAGCUUAGAGAAUCUCACUGUGCUGCGAUCAGUGGAUGACUGCGCGCGGACACACAAGCACACAUUUUUGCACGGUUGUGAUUCGUUCACACUUUGAAGUGAGAAUCCCCAUUAUAGCUCGUGCAUGCCUUUGAACGGAAGCCAGUAUGGAAAGCCAGUUGAGCAUUGAUUUGAUAUUCUUGCUAUCUAACUCAAGGUACUGGUAUGUUCUUUUUCCUCACUUGCAAGACAAUUCAGCAUACUAGUUGAAUGACUGCUGCAAAUUAGUUAACUGUGUAUUACUUAUCCGCAUCGGCCUUCCUCUACUAGUUUUUUUCUGCACACUCGUAGGACAACUCUGGAAACUAAACUGUUAAAAAAAAUUUUUUUUUAAAGUUUAAUUUAUAGUAAAAUACUGGCAGCUGUGGUUUCCAGAAUUUUACCGUUUGAAAAAACAGAACUGUAACUGUAAAUUUUACGGCAGAUUUUUCUUUUAAAAACUAAAACUCUUAGUCAAAAAUGUAAUAUACAGUGGUUCCUCGACAAAUGAUCGCUUUGACACACGAUCUUUUCGACAUCCGACAUAAAAAAAUUAACUCGCCAUUUGUUUCUACAUCCGAUGACAUGCUCGAAAUACGAUGAUUUAUGACAGCGCCGCAGUUCCUUUGUUUUCCCGCAAGACGGACGAACGGCGGAUUUUCUUGUGUGAGAAAUCAACAUGGGUUCCAAGAAAGUUAUUGCAGUUGGUGAGAAAAUCAUUGAAAUGAAGAUGGAAAUGAUAGAAAAUAUGAGCGUGACGUGCUUGUCCAUGAAUUGGCUCGACAAUACGGCCGUAGAAUGUCUACGAUCUCGAUGGUCCUCCUCUGACCUCCGUUCGCCAGUCUUUAUAAGUUAAGGUGACAAUUAUUGUAACAUCGGCAAGAAAGUCGCCAGUUUGGUCAGGUUUUUCAUCAUUUAUUUAUUUAUGCAGCACAACACGCCUACUGUCCCCCGAAAUAUACGCCAAAACAGCCGGGCAUUAAAAGUGAAAGUUAUAUCUCUUCCGCACUUAUCUCACUGUGACAUCAGGCUCACGGUGUGUUCAGGUACAGCACGCAAAACACACCCGCCACAUAAUUAGAACCCGAUUUGCUACAUUAUUACAGGAAUUAUUAUUAUAUUAUUACUCCGAUUUUUAUUUACAAUUUAUUUGUUCUGCUAUGUGUAAUUGCCAUUUGUCAUGGUACCAGCAGUAUUUAUUAAGGAUUUAGUGUAGGUUUUUUGGCUGUGGAAUGAAUUAAUGGAAUUAUAAUGUAUUCUUAUUGGAAAAUCCUGCUCGACAUACGACCAUUUCGACUUGCAAACAAGGUCCUGGAACAAAUUAACUUCGUAUGUCAGGUACCACUGUGUUCUCAUAAAAUUAGCAUAUUUUGAUAAAGUUCAUUGUUUUCUCUAAUGUACUGAUUACAUUUGAAACAUUAGACUUUCAUAUAUUUUAGAUUCAUUACACACAACUGAAGUAAUUCAAGCCUUUUAUCGUUUUAGUAUUGAUGAUUUUGGCAAAAAAAGUCAAGAAAAAACAAAAAUCCCUAUCUAAAAAAAAAAAGCAUAUCAUGAAAAAGUACUCCAAAGAAGCUACUAACCUAAUCAUCUGAAUCCACCAAUUAACUCAAAACCCCUGCAAAAGAUUCCUGUGUCUUUUAAAAACUCCCAGCCUGGUUCAUUACUCACAACCGCAAUCAUGGGCAAGACUGCCGACUUGACUGCUGUCCAGAAGGCCAUCAUUGACACCCUCAGGCAAAAAGCUAAGACACAGAAAGAAAUUUCUGAGCGAAUAGGCUGUUCCCAGCGUGCUGUAUCAAGGCACCUCAGUGGAAAGUCUGUGGGAAGGGAAAAAGUGUGGCAGGAAACGCUGCACAACCAGAAGAGGUGACCGCACCCUGAGAAAGAUUGUGGAGAAGGGCCGAUUCCAGACCUUGGUGGUCCAAAGUACUUUUUUCAGAUGUAAGCAAAUUUUGCAUAUCAUUCGGAAAUCAAGGUGCCAAAGUUUGGAGGAAGACUGGGGAGAAGGAAAUUCCAAAAUGCCUGAAGUCCGGUGUCAAGUACCCACAGUCAGUGAUGGUCUGGGGUGCCAUGUCAUCUGCUGGUGUUGUUCUACUGUGUUUUAUCAAGGGCAGGGUCAAUGCAGCUAGCUAUCACAAGGUUUUGGAGCACUUCAUCCUUCCAUCUGCUGAAAAGCUUUUAUGGAGAUGAAGAUUUCAUUUUUCAGCACGACCUGGCACCUGCUCACAGUGCCAAAACCACUGGCAAAUGAUUUACUGACCAUAGCAUUACUGUGCUCAAUUAGUCUGCCAACUCUCCUGACCUGAACCCCAUAGAGAAUCUGUGGGAUAUUGUGAAGAGGAAGUUGAGAGACACCAAACCCAACACCGUGGAUGAGCUUAAGGCUGCUAUCGAAGCAUCCUGGGCCUCCAUAACACCUCAGCAGUACCACAGGCUGAUUGCCGCCAUGCCACGCCGCAUUGAAGCAGUCAUUUCUGCAAAAGGAUUCCCGACCAAGUAUUGCGUGCAUAGCUGAUAUAAUUAAUUAAGGGUUGACUUUUUUUUGUGUAUUAAAAAACACUUUUUUUGUAUUGGUCGGAUAAAAUAUGCUAAUUUUUUUAGAUAGGGAUUUUUUGUUUUUCUUGUCUUUUUUUUGCCACAAUCAUCAAUAUUAAAACAACAAAAGGCUUGAACUACUUCAGUUGUGUGUAAUGAAUCUAAAAUAUAUGAAAGUCUAAUGUUUAUCAGUACAUUACAAAACUUCAUCAUAAUAUGCUAAUUUUUUGAGAAGGACUGCUAUAUUUUUUUUCUACAAAACUGGGAUCCCGUACCUUUGCUCAUUCUCCUCCCUCUCCAACUGGGAUUCAAACCUAUACCCUCAUCUUAGCAGUCAAGCGUGCUGACUACUUAGCUAUGGAGUCUUGUGUGUGUAGAAGGUGAUGAAAACCGUACUCCCUGAGAACUUAAAAGCCUGAGCUGAUGGCUGAACUGGACUAUAAUCAAUCAGACUGAUAAUCCAUGUACACUUUUUACAGUCAUUUGCUGUAAACCAUUUAAAAUGUAGUUCUUUUUAUGAAUGAACCAAUCAGAACUGCCGCUAUUUUACCAUAAAUUAUUUUUUUUUCGUUUACAAUGUAUGACAACUACAGGCUACUAAGUGAAACUGCACUAUUUGACAUCUGACAUGGUAAAUGGAGCGUACUUGUAUAGCGCAUUUAUCAACAUAUUUUUAACCUGCUCAAAGCGCUAUACAUUAGCACACGUUUACCCUUUCACGCACCAAUGGUGCUGGUGCCAUCCCAUUGGGGAGCAAAUUAGGGCUCAGUGCUUUGCCCAAGGGCACUUGUAGCCAGGAAUUGAACCGCUGACCCUUUGAUCCCAGAACAACUCGAGCUACCAACUGCGCCACGGCCACCUAAGCACUAUCUGUGAAUGAGUAGUAUUGUUUAAUGUAUAAUGUCAAUUGUAUAAAUAGCACACAGUUGUUAGGUAGUGCAGUUUUGCAUCACUAGUAUUUUAAAUACUUUUAUGCCAAAACUGUUCUUCAUGUGAGGACAAAGAUAUCAAGGAAUUGUGCUAAAUGCUUGACGGCUUUGUGAGAUAGUUUCGGAAAGAACAUCUAUUCGCUGUACUUACUGUAAUUUUUGGACUAUAAUGUUAACCUGACUGUAAGCCGCACCCAUCAAAUUGUAACAACAAAAGUGUAUUUGUUCAUAUAUACUGUAAGCUGAAAGUUCCCUUAUUGUAUUACAGGAUAUUUACAUCAAAAUACAUGCAGCUCCUUAGUGUUUAAAUAUCCAUAUAUAAACAAACUGAACUGUAAACUUCAGGGUUUAAAGUGGGCAAACAAGGUAGUGGUGUAUAGUCUGAAAAUUACGGUAAUACCACAAAGCAAAAAAAAAAAAAAAAAGGCAUUAUUAAUGGAAUUGUCGUACUAGUGAGGGAAAAUAGCGAAUUAAAACAUGCUUCAUCGCAAGACAUAGUGAAUAUUGAAAAUAUUCUGAAAUACUUCAAAAUCAAAAUCUAUGGAAACAGCUGUUGAAGCAUGUACUCGAUUCAAGAAUAUCAAAUAUGAUAACCUUGAGGUUCUGCAUGAGGUCAUACUAGUUAGUAGGCCGAAAGUGCCUGGCACUACUAGUGGGGGAUAAACAUGACUAAUAAAACACACUUGUUCUACUCAAUUAGCUUUCCAAAAGCCAGUGGAUUUCAACACUAAUUGCACAUUUUUACAAUACUUUUGAAGCCUUCACACAUUUGCACACUUAAGUAACAUCGUGUCACCAUUUAGGAAUACUUCACGUGAGUUGGCUUUUCUUGUUGUUGUUUUUGUGUGUGCAUGGCAUGUACAUUUGCAUUUACCACACUGAAAAGACAGGGAAAAAUACUAACAUUCUGAGAAAACAGUUGUAAUGUUGCGGGAAUAAUCAUGUUCCGAUAAAAAAGUUUUAAUUUUUCUGAGGAGUAAUAUAACAGCAUUUUUGGGCUGAAUUUGUGAGGAAUCUAAAAAAAAAAAAAAUUAUUUUUGGAGCAGUCCAACUUUAUUCUUGUAAAAUUCUAAAUGUUUUCACUUUUCCGUGUAGUAUUAUGGCUCCUUCUUGAAGAAUUAGGACUCUUAUUUCCCCUAAAAUUGCAUUGUCGUAAAAUUGUGAAAACAUCACUGUAACAUUUCAUUAUCGUUUGUUAAAAAAAAAAAAAGUCACCAACAACAACAAAGUUGUUCUAUUAUGGAAUAAUAGAAACACAAGAUUUUUUUACCUUUACAUGAGAAACUUAAAAGUUUAUUCAUGUAAAUUUGUAAUUUUCCUCUUCUUCAAAUUACUAAUUAAUCGUUUAGUGACUUUUCUGUCAUAGAAAUGUAGCUUUUUUAACAUUCUAAAGAAGAAAUGUUGCUUUGUCAAAAGUUUACCACUAAAUUUUGUCAAAAUUCACCACUUACAGCUUUUCCCACCAGUUGUUGCAUGAAAAUACAUUUGCUGUGGUUCAACUACAAGACCAUAAAGAAAGUGCAUCAGACACAUUUUUUAAACAGUUAUUGGAAUAUUGCCAUUUUAAGGACAUUGUUCUUAAAUUUACUGAUAAUUUUAGACUAAGGCAAUGGUAACGCUGCAGGUUUAUUCCAAUUUAUUUAUUUUUUGGGCUAAAUGUGACACGUAUUAGAUUUUUUUCAUUCAAUGUGAAGUCUAACAUUGACAUUUCGUUAAAGUAUUGAAUUUUGUGUGCAUGCACGUCACUUCACGGAUGCAUUCGCUUUACAUUAGUAGGCACAUUUGUGUUUCUAAUGUAAACGAAUACAUUUUAAAAAAUGAUUUCGCUAAAACAAUUUUGGCAUCUACAGAGUGUGAACCUAACUUAACAAUCUCACAUCGUUCUAAAGUAACUACUGUUUUUAAUCAUUAAAUAACUUUUGUUGGAAAAUUAAGAUUAUAUUUUUUCGGAACUUGCAUUUGUUUUGUCUUAAAAUUACAUUAUGACUGUUUUUAUCACAUAUUAUUUUCAAAAAGUACCAGUUUUGUAUACUUUCCACUGUUAUUUUAUAGAAUUCUGACUGUAUUGUCCAAGACAAUACACUAAACUACAAGUUUUUGGUGUAAAAUUGAACUUUUUCAUUUAACUUAGACUAUUCUCGUAAGAAUUACAACUUUAUUUUUGUAAAGUCAAGUCUCAUUCUGACUAUAAUUUUUUUAGCCUUACAACUUUGGGACAAAAUAUUCAUAAAAGCAUGCCUUUUUCCUUGUACUGUAUGUCGAUGAAGACUUUUUUUUAAUGUACGCAUUUCUGUUUUUACAACUUUAUUCUUGGAACGUUUUAACAUUUCAGUUUGUCCCUCACAGUCCAGUUUUGUGCACAUCUACAUAUUUCAAAGGGAAUCCAGCAACAUUAGCAUUUCUCACGGUUUUUCAUGUGUCUUUUCUUUAUUCUUUUGUACAAUUUGGUGAUUGUAUCAAGCUGCAAUUGUGUUGUUCGUAUAGAAGUGGGCCAGUGGUUUAUUUAAAUGCGCACUAUAAAUAUGACACGGUACGGCGAUCACAGUUGCGAAGAGGCUAAGUGCCGAGAGAAAAGUGUGUUAAAUAACCUCUCGGGCGUUAAAUGAGUGUGGUCUUGAUCUCAGUUGAAGUGCUGUUCAAAUUGUUGGACUAAAUGAAUAAAAGCCUAAUUAUAGCAGAUGGGUUACACCACUGUUUACAUGACCUCUUGUCUUCUUAUUAAAAAUAAUUGCAGUCUAAUUUAUGCUUGAAUUUCACUCACUGCAAAUUAUGUUUUAUGCAGCAUCCUUGCGUGUGUGUGUGCGCGCGUGUGUUUGGAUGUGAUUAGUUGAAUAAAGUAAAAAAUGUUUACUGAGGGUUUGUGUCUUGGUGUUUUUACAAACUGCAGCAUUAGACUUCACUAGCAUAGAUUGUUUAUUCUUGUUGCGCGCUAAGAUUUUAGUCUGGCAGGCCACUUGUGGCUCAAUUUUAAAAUAAAGCACGAGUAUUUGAUUAAAACAUUGUGGAGCUCACUAAAUUUAACAAAGGUUUUUAGCCUCAUUUUAGUUCGCAGAACAAGUCAGGCUCCCUUUCUUUGUGUUGUAUAAGCGAAAUACGAUUCAAGUAAACAGAACACACAAGCAGGUCAUGAAUUCACCAACGACUGUAUUAUCGGACUAUAAGUCACUUUUUUGGGGGGAAAUUUACUUGAUAAAAUCCAACACAUAGAAUAGAAGUCAUCUUGAAAGGCAAUUUAAUUAGGGCUGUCAAAAUUAUCGCGUUAAUGGGCGGUAAUUAAUUUUUUAAAUUAAUCACAUUAAAAUAUUUGAUGCAAUUAACGCACAUGCCCCGCUCAAACAGAUUAAAAUGACAGCAGAGUGUAAUGUCCGCUUGUUACUUG